AGCUAGUAGAGCACUGUACCGGUUUUCGCAGAGGUCACAGGUUCGAACCCCGUUUAGGCCUGAAGUUAUUUAAGGCUUUAAUUUCACAACUGCUUAAGUUGUGUGCAUGGCUGCGAUGACCAAUCCUGUCUUCAGAAAUAAAAGACUUAACAAAUAUUUCCUUUCUAAGCUGAACAAAUUCAAAGAUUCCAAUUAUAUUUUCACGGUCCUUUGGCAAACCAGGCAAACAUAAACAUUCACAAAUCACAAGUGGCUUAUAAAGGAGACUGUUCUUGUGUGGUUAGUUUCAUCAGUGAGACCUAGAAAAAUGUGUCGGUGCAAAACUGAUGACUCUGGACCUUCCCGUUAUCUCCCUCAGAAUCCUUACUGGAUUCCUUCAGUUGGCGCAUACUCCUCCCGGCCAAAUCUUUUUAUCAGCGCAGAAUUCUUGAAAGCCCGCUAAUUCAGCAUUGGAAGCCUAGUUUGAAUAGACAUAUUAACUCCUAUGUUGCGAAACGUUUCCCAUCGGGAAUUACCCAGCAUAUUAAAGUCAUAAAAGGUAAAGGGUCUGCAAAACCAGGAGUUGUCAAAAUGAAGUACAUUUCGUGGUGUGUAACAACAUGCACUUACUCCCUAAAGCGACACAGCUGACCAAUACGACCUACAAUUCUUCGAAGUGUCAAGUCGAUGGAGUUCGGUCAGCCGGUAAACAGAAUACAUACAUGCUUAAAAUUAUUGUUUGGUGAUCGUGAUGGAUUCAGAAGAGGAGAUCGUUAACGGACGAUUUGAACUUCUGCCAACGAAAAGAUUGUUCUUCGUGAGCUUGUCAAGGAAAUCUUUGACCUACACCAAGGGCGCAGAGAGAUGCUGCUCGUGUGUUGGAAAGCACCGUUCCGCGACAUCAAUUUCGACGAAUUUGAAGGAUAUUUAUGGUGCCAAGGCUUACCGCGGACCGGAAGGUGAUCCUGCCGCUUAUUUUCAAGUGUAUUCAUGUCCCCUUUCUGAAAAGAAACGAGUAAGGCAGAAAACCUGCUUUAAAGUUGCCUCUUCUGAUGGCGAAGAAGCGAAUAUAGCCGUAGCCGAGAAAUGGGUUCGAACUAUUUUAUGGUUGGUCAAGGAACCGGAAAAGAAUGUCAUUAGCAUUGAAGAAGAGGGGACUUUGCCAUCUUCACGCAAACUCCUGAUACUAAUCAACCCAUUCAGUGGAUCUGGGAGGAGUGUCAAAACCUUUUAUGACAAAGUAGAGCCAAUGCUGAAUGAAGCUGACAUUGAUUUUGAUGCAGUGACCACAGAAUAUGCUGGUCAUGCAGUAGAGAUGAUGUUGUCAAUGAACCUUCUUCAAGUUGAUGGGAUUGUGAUUUGCUCUGGAGAUGGUCUGGUCUAUGAGGUUAUUAAUGGCUUGAUGAAGCGUCCUGACUGGGAGACUGCAAUAAAGAUUCCCCUGGGUGUCAUUCCAACAGGUUCUGGGAAUGCACUUUGUCUUUCUGCUCUCCAUGCUACUGGGGAGCCAUUUAAUUUGAUAAGUGCGAUUUUUGGAGUUAUACGUGGAAAUCUACUUGAUUUAGACAUCUGCUCUGUGGUAACACCGACAGAAAAGCUGUACGCAUUUCUGUCAGUAACAUGGGGAAUGGUCUCUGAUGUGGACAUUGAGUCAGAGAAAUACAGAUAUCUUGGAGAGACAAGAUUUCUUAUUGGCACAAUAGCAAAAAUUAUUGGCCUGCGGAAAUAUCGAGGGCGGAUCUCAUAUUUGCCAGUCGAUCAUUUUUUACAUGGUGGAGAGAAUAACUUCGCUUUUAAUUCCAGCCCUGGUGAAGUGGCCCACAGUGGUACAUUGGAUGACAAUGUGAGCUCCACUUCACAACAUAGGGAAUUAUGUCAAGGCAAUAAGGCAAUUGGUAAUGGUACGUGCCAUAAAGACAGUAAUGCAAGUCCUUUAAGCCAAGGGCCAGUAGAUCAUCUGCUUCCUCCCCUAUGCUCAGAGCUUCCACCCAGUUGGAAGGUGGAGGAAGGCGAGUUCAUUCUAGGCUGUCCAGUGUUCCUUAGUCACCUCGGAACUGACUUCAUGGCAAACCCUGAAGGAAAGUUUGGAGAUGGCUUGAUGGGUAUCUUUUAUGUUAGAUCAGGGACAGGCAGAAUGGCACUUUUGGAUCUGUUUGGAAAAAUGAAGGAUGGAUCUCAUGUUCUUAGCCAUCAUGUUGAGUACAUCAGGGCAUUUGCUUUCCGUUUAGAGCCUGACACAAGCCAGCGUGGAACUAUAGCAGUUGAUGGUGAAAAAAUUGAUUAUGUGCCAAUUCAAGGACAAAUGCAUAAGUCGCUUGGAAAAUUGAUGUGUGUGACAGCACCUAAGAAUAUUACACAGUGAAUGAAUAGAUCAUCACUUCUCAUUUAUUUAUGAAUAUUUUACAGUACAGACUGUAACUAAAUUAUUCUAUGAACAAUUUUAAGAAUUUAUAUCUGGAAUGAACGGAUACAUGUAUCUCAUAUUUAACCCUUUCUGAUCAGCCUAUCAGUGUAUUUACAGAAUGAAAUUGUAUCAAUAACUUUUCUUGUUUUCCAAAUUUUGAUUUAAUAAAUCAGCAGACUGUAAAGAGAUGGCAAUUUUUUUGGGGAGUCCUCUAAGUGAUGACCAUCAAGGAUGAAAUGAAUGGAAUUUAGUCUAUGUACCAGGGUAAAAGUUCAUAUAAGUCUGACCAAAUACUGAGUAUUACCUUAUUCCUUAGCUAGAUAAAAGAUAAGUCAAGGCUGUGGUCUAAGGGAAAUUAUGAGGAACCCAGAGGUUCCUAACCAUGAAAUCCUGGGUGCCGGCACAAAAGCUUACAUGAAAGAAGUAAGUUUUUCCAGUUGCCCAAAGGCAAAAGUUAAUCGCCUGUGGCACCCGGACGCUUCUAGAACACAACCCUAUAAGUUGUUUUUAAAUCAUUUAAUUAUUAUUAAGGGACACUAUCACGAUGAUUUUGGUGCAUUUUCAGUUUAAGCAGGAGGCAGUCAAUUUGUAAUUGUUAUUACAAACCUGAGCAGUAUUGAUAUUUGAUUAAAUUUUGAUUGUUUAUCAAUAGUGUAGUAAAUAUUUACCUAGAUUUAUGACUAUAAGUUGUAAGGUCUUAGUUGAAUAGUGUGGUUUUAAUAUUUUUAUUAUUAUUUGUAUUUUAAAUGUAUAUGAAUAUCUAUAUCAUUCUAUCCAUGGACAAUUAAUGGAGUAUGGUGCUCUAUAAAUAAAUUUACUUUAAAUUAUAAUCCAUCAAAUAUUUUCCCUCACACCCAAUUGGCCUAAACGCGUCUCGUGACUGAAUAUGCACCCGAGUGAUAUUCCCCAAUUUUCAAAAGUGCACAGUUUUCCUCAAGCUACCCUCUCGGAAAAGAUAAUGUCCAUGGACAAAUAUCGUGCCAAAUGGAGACUUGUUUAUUUAUGACCGAGUACCUUCGUUUGUUCAUAAAUUGCUUCUAGAACUCCAAGAUGACUUGUUGAUAGGCAAACUGAAUUAGUUCAUUUUUUCCAAGACAUCAUACUCUUGUCCCGGGGCAUAAACAAAAGAAAGCCAAAUUUCUUGCCACAAAAGUGGAAGGGAAGAUUAGGUUUUUAACUUCUACUCUUACAAUUGAAAAGAUCAUCAAUGAUCCCAAUACUUGUUAUUCCUUGUCGUAGUAAAUCACUUUUUCAAUUACUACAGUACUCCGCCAGAAAUGUGAAAUUACAUUUACAGACUUAACAGAGAAAUUUUUUUUAUAUUCUCGUUGACGUCCAUAGUAGUAACUAUCAUUUUUCGUCGCAAUGCGUCUUACAUAAUACAACAUUCUAGCCAUAAAUCAUGUAUCAAGUCAUAUGCAUCUUAACUGCAUUAAAGAUGUCCCAGUAAUGGAGUGCUUUUAUUUAUUUAUUU